AUGGAGAAAGGACAAUUUUACUUAAAAGAACAAUUGGAGAAUGACGAAUUCAACAGGAGCAUACAAGAUCAGUACAAGCGAAGGUUUGGGGUAGUUACUAAAAAUGAUGAACAUAUGGAGGAGGCCUCGGUGGACUCUUCAUCAAAAAGAGAUACCCUCAGCCAACCGAAGAAACCACCUUUCCAACAUUACGUUUCUCCAUUUAUCGAGUUAGGAAAAAGAUUCUACUUAACAUUGACGAUAUUUUACGAACCCAAGUUAAUCCACAUGUCCAUUUUGUUAACCACCCUGUGGGCUUUUAAAAGCAUCAAGUGCAUUAAUCAGUUACUUGUCCAUAAGUAUGGGGACCUACACUAUCAAAUAACUCGCCCUGAUUCACUGAGGAGUAGGUACAAAGCGUUCAAAGUGUUAGCGCUAGGUGGGUCUGUUCUCCCCGGAUGUUUUAUCGGUUUUACUCUUUACGAUUUUUAUUGGGGAGGAACCAAAUCGGUGCUCAUUCCUAACAACGAGGGUGGCUCCGCGGCGAGGAGUGGCUCUCCCCUCAUCCCGUACACCCUGCGGAGAGACAUAUCAAGAAAGAUGCGCCUGCUGAAAGAGAAAACCCUCUUCUUCGCGAAGGACCUGGCCGAGAAUAACAACUUGAAAAGGCUAUCAACCGAGUACCACAAGGGUCUCGACCGUCGUCUUCAUGGCCUCAGCGGAAAGAAGGGCCCAAUGGAAUAG